AUGCAGAAGUGGUUUUAUGAACGUCGAGCGAGUGUAAUCGCAUGCAGUACAGUUCUGUCACCAAUGAUGGAGAAUGAGUUAUGGACGACGUUCGAAGCAGGUCCUAGGCUGCGAGCGCAUGGCUUGACAAAUAACUUAACACAAGUUGAAAUAUCCAAUGACACGGAUAUCAUAGACUUCUUUGAAAAUACGUGCACUUGUCGUGAGUUCCAACUGAAUCGUAUAUCGUGCGUUCACGCAACCCGUGCUGCUUGUUUGAGAGAUAAGUCAUUGUAUGAUCUCUGCUCACUGUAUUACACAUCUGAGUAUUGGAAGGGUGCCUAUAGAGAAGCUAUAUAUCCUAUUUUACGUGAAGUGGACUGGAAUGUUCCAGCUAAAAUUACAGGUACUCUUAUUAUGCCCCCCAGUGUACGUCGUCCUCCAGGUAGACCACCUACCACACGGCUCAGAAAAUGCACUCGCUGCGAUGGAUUUAGUUAUAACCGGACCACAUGUUCGAACCACACUGUACCACGUCCGAUUACGCAAAUAGGCACAACGUACAGCAUAACAGCCUCGAACCAAAAGAAAAUUUUGUUGUGCAUAACAUUGUUGGCAUUGUUGACACAUGUAAAUUGA